ACGCAUGCUCCGCUGAUCUCCCCUCCCCCUCUGCUCAUCUGCUCCGCAGCCGCGUCGAAACACUCGGACAAACACACGGCCGGAGAGACCAGAAAGAAACGCGAGAAACAGAUGAGAAAAGGAUGAGAGAAGAGAAAACGCAGCCGAUAUUGACUCUAAUAUAAAGCAUGGCAGACUCGACUGAGAGAUAGAUAGAUAGAGGAGGGGGGAGGGGUGAACACAGACAGACAGAGAGAGAGAAAGAGAGAGAGAGAGACAGGAGGGAAAUGGCCCUCUUAGACGUCUCUGCAGUGAAGAUGCACAUCCUGCACUGAAGAUCAUGCUGGAUAAAAGUGAAGUGUCCACUCUCGGCCUGCCGCCCUCCGUGAGCCAUGGUGGGUCGGACGGGAACAUCAGUGUGGAGGCGGGAUCGGACGGCGAGGUCACGAGAACACGAGCGGCGCUGGAACACCUGCAGCAGAAGAUCCUGAAGAUCACGGAGCAGAUCCGCGUGGAACAGGAAGCCCGUGACGCCAAUGUGGCCGAGUAUCUCAAACUGGCCCAUAAUGCGGACAAACAGCAGGCGUCGCGGAUCAAACAAGUGUUUGAGAAGAAGAACCAGAAGUCUGCGCAGACCAUCGCACACUUGCACAAGAAACUCGAGCACUACCACAAGAAGCUCAAAGAGAUCGAGCAGAAUGGUCCCGCGCGGCAGCCCAAAGAUGUCUUUCGGGACAUGCACCAGGGGCUGAAGGAUGUAGGCGCAAACAUGCGAGCAGGAAUCAGUGGGUUCGGAGGGGGUGUGGUGGAAGGGGUGAAGGGCGGAGUAUCGGCGCUCACACACACUGCGGUCGUCUCGAAACCCAGAGAGUUCGCCAGCCUCAUCCGCAACAAGUUCGGCAGCGCCGACAACAUCGCCCACUUGAAGGACACUCUGGAGGAUGGGCACACGGAAGAGACGCCCAGAGCUCUGAGUGGCAGCGCCACGCUGGUCUCCAGCCCCAAAUACGGCAGCGACGACGAGUGCUCCAGUGCAACUUCUGGGUCAGCCGGCGGAAGCAACUCCGGCGGGGCGGGCGGGGCCAUGUCAGGGAUGGGAGCGGCCAUGGGCAGCCCUCGACUGGACGGACAUCACCACCACCAUCACCACCACCAUUCCUCGUCUUCCUCUUGGGAUGCGCUGCUGGAAGGCCUGCAGGAGAUCAAAGUCGGCCAGGUGCACAUGGAGGACGCCAUCGAGGACAUGAAAGCGCAGCUGCAAAGCGACUACAGCUACAUGACCCAGUGCUUGCAGGAGGAGCGAUACAGAUACGAGCGUCUGGAAGAGCAACUGAAUGAUCUGACGGAACUUCACCAGAAUGAAAUGAGCAAUCUGAAGCAGGAGCUGGCCAGCAUGGAGGAGAAGGUGGCGUACCAGUCGUACGAGAGAGCGCGAGACAUCCAGGAGGCUGUAGAGUCCUGUCUCACCCGCAUUACCAAACUGGAGCUGCAGCAGCAACAGCAGCAGGUGGUGCAGCUGGAGGGCGUGGAGAACGCGAAUGCUCGAGCUCUGCUGGGGAAACUCAUCAACGUCAUCCUGGCCUUGAUGGCGGUGCUGCUGGUGUUCGUCUCCACCAUGGCCAACUUCAUCACGCCCCUCAUGAAGACACGUGCCCGGGUUGGCGCCACCCUCGCCCUGGCGCUCUUCCUGGUCACACUGUGGAAACACUGGGAUUGGCUUGAGCUCUGUCUGUUGCCCAGCUGAAAAAGACGAACAAAAUGCACGUUCAGAACUGUGACACAUCCCUCCCAUCGUUCCAGAAAUGGGUGAGAGUUUGAAGGACGUAUAAACAACUUCAGUAAGGAGAAGAUGCUGUCUGAAUCGCAGGCCUGGCCUACAUGGGUCUACAUUUCCAGACUUUUCCUUCUGAAUGGGUUUCUUUCCUGUUUUAGACCACUGAGCUAAUUUUUGCUUUAACUAAUGAAUGUUAAAACUGGUUCUUAGAGCGGACAGUCCAGAGAACGGUCUUCUGCUGAUGCAUGGCUUUAAUACCAACACACGGUCACAUUUCAGAUCCAAACAUCUUCACUGCCGAAGGAACUUUGACAUGCUGACACCAAAACUGUGUUGCAUUUAGUUUGUUUUGUCUCUGUGGAACUCAGUGUCUGUUAUAUAUGAAAUAUCUCAUUACGGAGGAGAGUGAAACAUUGUCAUUUUACUUUGUGUAUUGUUAAGUGAUAUUUGACUAGGGUGAAAAGGCAGAAACGUAACGUCAGUAGUCAAGAAUCAAUCAGAAUCAACUACAUCCGUCAUCAGAACAUUUUUGUAAACACAGUAAUAGUGUAACACGUUCCAUUGGCUUGAUCACAUUUCUCAUGUUUCUACCCGUUUGCUAAAUCACAACAGCACUGUAUUCUUAAUAAAUACAUUUGCAAAUA